GGCACGCGAAAUCGUUCAUCGUUUCAAGCUCGGGAUGAGAAUGUGCUGAGAAUGAGCGGACGGGAAUGUGUUUGAACUGAGAAACAGCAUAAAACCUCUUUGACAAGCACCAAUUUGUGAAGCAUUGGUGAUGCUUAUGUUAUAUUUCCUAACCAACCAGUCUUCCAUGUUGCAGUUUUCGUUACCUCGUAUCAUUAUUUUGCAGUCGCUCGGUCCGCUCGUGCCGAUUUUCCUUGUGUCACAACGUCAAAUUUUGGAGUCAAAAUAGGACUUCUCUAAUGUGGAAUCAGUAGCACUUCUUCCAGGCAGUAUGCCUCAGCCUGUGGCCAAAGAUAAGCUGGAGCUCCGAUUGCAUAGCCCUGCUCGGAACGUGGAACCAGUGGUUUACGCAUGGCCGUUGCAAGUAAAUCAUACGGUUAACGAAGCUACGGAAAUCGUUGAGACUAUCAAAUGGGUCUGCCGAGACUUCCCCGAGCUAUGGCCGGCCAUGCAAAACCAUGUGUUCCACGACAUCGACUGCUCCAGCUACGAGAAGAUGAAAGCAUUGUGUGACAAGUACAAUCGGUCCAUUGACCAUGUAAAACGACUGUGGUCGGGGCAGAUGCCACCAAAGUGCUUGGGCACUAGAGCGUCUCCAGAGCUGGUCCGGCAUAUCUUCCAGCAGGUCUACAACCACAGCGUAGUGGAUCCGGAAAAGCUCAAUCUCUACGAACCGUUCUCGCCGGAGGUGUAUGGAGAGACCUCGUUUGAGCUUGUAAAUAAGAUAAUUGAGAAAGUUCGAAUCAAGUCCACGGAUUCUUUCCUUGAUCUUGGAAGUGGUGUUGGUAAUGUUGUUCUUCAUGUGGCUGCGAUGGUUGAAUGCAAGCGAAUCAUGGGUAUUGAGAAAGCGGAGCGGCCAGCCGCCUACGCCAAGGAGAUGGAAAAGCAGUUUCGCAAGUGGAUGGCGUGGUACGGCAAGAGGUUCACGCCUUUCACUAUAAUUGCAGGUGACUUCCUGUUGGAUGAAUUCCAAGAUACGAUAACAAGCUCAAGCUUCAUCUUUGCAAACAACUUCGCUUUUGGACCACACGUUAACCACCAGCUCAAGGAGCGGUUUGCUCAGCUUGAGGAAGGUACACGUUUGGUUUCAUCACGCGAGUUCUGCCCGAUUAAUUUCCGCAUCACAAAAAGAAAUUUGUCAGAUAUUGGUACCAUCCUUUCCGUCAUAGAGUUAGAGUCGAUACAAGGUGCUGUGUCCUGGACCGACAAGCCGGUGUCGUACUAUCUGCACACCGUCGACCGCAAGCGCCUGGAGAAGUACUUCCGCGCGCAGAAGUACGGUAACUCUGGGGGCAGCGCGGACGAGAGUGACAGUGAAAUUAGUCGCAUCAGUCUUGCUCCGUCCAUGAUAGAGACCUUAGCUAAGGACACUAACGAUACUGACGGCAGUAUAUUCACGGACGGCAAUAGUGACAAUGAUGCCCUGUACGGAGCGUGCACUAGACAACAGUGGAAGAUGCACCUUGAUGCAAUGAAGGAGUCACGGCGACUUGCCAAGCGCCCGCUGAUCACCAUCAACGGCACUGCUGCCGGUGGCCGCGGUGUAGCUGCUGGCGAUAUGCCUGCCGCUGGAGGUGCUGGUGGGCUGGGCGUGCCCAUCGACCUGAAGAAAAACGGAAGAAAGGUCAGAGUGAUACGCCUGACAACGAGCGAGUCCAGCAGCGCGGCAUCGUCACCCCGCCCGGCGGAUAGCAACACCACGGCAGAGACCGCGCAGCACGUGCAGCCCGUCGCCCAGUGGACGCAGCAGCCAUCGCCCGGCGGCACCGCUGCUGCAGUAGGAACCACCGGUGCAGGCACUGGCACCACCAGAGCACGCAGUCGCCGCCACCCCAUCGACAGCGUUCGCCAGCGCAAGAAGCGCGAGCGGCAGCAGCAGAAGCGCCGUACCGACCAGCUGCACCGCCAUGUGGAGCAGCACAAGUUCCAGACACGAAGGCAGGGUGGCCCAUCACCUACAUCCCCGAUUCGGGUUCUUCGCUCACAGAAGGGCGACGCUCUGCUUGUUCAUGGCCGCACGCCUGCCAUCAAUGGCAUUCGGCCGGAAGCCGUUGUGUCUGAGUCGGUUGUCAGCGCUCUCGACGACAUGCUCGCUGAGGUGCGACGUCAGUAUAUGCACUAUUUCCAGUGUGGCCACCAGAAUACUCUACUUGAGGCUCAGAGCCUUCUGCAGCAGCACCGAGACCAUCAAACGCGCUUAGUCUUGAGAACGGCAGAGCUAGAAGAGCAGGUGUCCGGAUUGAAGUCCAAGGGAUACACUCUGCUCCAGAAGCGUCUAGAUGAGUUGCGUCUCAGCAGUCCCUCGCAGAUUCAAACCCAACUGGAGGCUGCUGGCUUGAAGCACAGAGAGCUGAAAGCAAGACUUGCUUCGCUGGAGGCAGACUUGGCACAAUCUGCAACUAAAACUGCUGUCGAUGAAACCAAGCCUGCUGAUGUCCCAGCAUCACCAUCCAAGGACUUGUCUGCGAACACAGCUGAUGCAUCCGCUCAGACUAAUGGCAGUGCUGGCGAUAAGAGCAAAGACCAUACUGUGAGUGUAGACCAGACCUCUGACCACGGUGACGCACAGCCAGCACUUGCCGACAACGCUGGCAAGAGCCCUAGUGAGCCUGCGCGUGCUGCCUCGCACGAACCCACGAUCACCACGCAGGUUACUGACGGUGCCAACUCGCCUGCAUCUGCUGUCGCCGUCUCGAGUUCACCGCAGGUCACUGCCAGCGUAUCUAAUGGUGUACCCAGCAAGCCGGCAGAUGGCAGUAGUCUUGCAGCAACACCAACAGCAGCAGCAGCAUCUAGCCAAACGGGCACCAGUACACUGAGCAGUGUGCCGAGUGUUGACCGUGCCAUGAUGCCACUAAAGAAGCGAGUGGUUUGGUCUGCAUCGGCCACGGCGUCAACAGCUACAGCUGCAGUCGCAGGUGCCGGCGUGUCACCCUGCACAACCUCUUCUUCACAUGAUCAAACUGCACCUUCCACCGCUGUCUCUACUAUUAUCACGUCCCCGACUACAUGUACAGUUACAGGCAGUGUAGACGUAGUCAGUCCAGUGGCAGCACCAGCUGCAGUGAGUUCUGCUCCUGGCCUAGCCAGCAGCACUGUAGGCCUUGCAACUACUGAUACUACUACACCGACCACCACCACCGCCGCCUCCUCCCCCAUGGCACUUCAGCUAUCGUCUUCGGAUCAACUGCUCAGCAUGUCUGAUCAGCCACUGUGGAAACCGUCGAACAAGACCACGGAGGUGGCGCAUCACACCCCCACUAGUGCUGCACCACAGAUACCCCCCGUUUCUCGUGCACCACAGACACCGCCCGCUUCUCAUGCACCACCGUUGUCAUCAUUGUCAUCAUUGCCGCUGUCACAGCAGCAGCAGCAGCCAGUCGUUAGUGAGGAGGAUCGCCGACACACUGAGAUCAUUCAACAGGUGUGUUUGGCUCAGAAAGUCGCUGUUCCGCCACCCUGGACGCCGUUUGUGCAGUUCUACUUGCCUGAGGGACACUCUACGUUGGCUAAGAUGUCCAAUGACCAAAUACAGGCAUGCUUCAGGACUGCACGUCGCAAGCAUUUCGAACUCAAGGUCCAACUGCACGAAGAGGAGAAGCGGCGUAAUCGAGGCCAGGGUGGCCUUGACUACUCUAGCUCGAGUCUGCCGCCACUCCCUGCCGCCACCGCAUGUCAGAAGACAAGUGGAGUGCCGCCGAAUGCCCCUCCGAAUCCUAAUUUGCACCACGGGUCUAGUGACGGCAGAAGUGCUCGCAUGAACGCUCAGCCGUUCGCCCCUCCAAGCUCUGCUACCGCCAUUGCUAACCUGCUGGCCAUGCAAGGCGGCAACCCGUUGGUUGGUUCACUGUUGAACACGGCGAUAAUGAAUCAAGUGGUGUUAGCUGCAGCUACUAGUGCUGCUGGAAUCAUGGGUAAUGCUCCUGGUGCUGGUCUUACUGCGGCUUCCGCUACCACUCCGCUGUGGUCUCCCUCGGCCGAUGCCUUGUAUCAGCAGAAUGCGAUUAGUGCUCCGGCGGUUUGGCCAACAGGUAAUAUGUUGCAGCCAGGCUCCAGCAAUGUGCCGCAACCUACUGAUGCAGUACACGGUCAGAGUCAACUGGAGAGGCCGGGUGCUGCACCGGCACCAUCAGAAGCACUGGGCUUCACCAACACAGGCCCAACAAGCGGUAACAGUGGUGUCAAUGUGGCUGCCGGAGGUGCUGGUUCACACGCUUGUGAGCAGACAACCAUGGUCGACUCUGUGAGGUCGGGAAGGCUGGAUAUCCAAUCUCUGUCUGUGAAUGAGGAUCUGUUAAAAUCAGUUUUGCAGCGUGUCCGCGGUGGUUCGACUUCUGAACAACAGUCGUCUACCGCACAACAUAGCAUGCAUGUUGACGAUGAGCCUUCUGCUGCAUGUGCGACGAGAACUGGCAGCCCUCCUCGUCGUAAACUGAGCCAGGAAGCUGUGCGAGAGCUGCCGUCUGUCAAGCGCUCUCAGUCGGUGGCUGACUACAUUGCUACCCUAGCUGACUCUGGAGCAUCAUCAUCAUCACUGCCUAGGACAAGCUCCCAUCUGGACAUGAAUAAGCCGCCUCCGCCACCGAGUGGCAAGCCACCACGUCGGCCUCAUCGCCAUUCAGCGACGUCUACACGACAAGGUGCCGGGCAUUACCACCAUCAUCAUCAUGAUCAUCGCCAACGCUCUAGUGCCAGUGCACGUAGACCUGUUGACAAUGCUGCUCUGAACGAGACGCCGACCUCUCCGACGUCACCGUCGCCAUUGCAAUCCUUUGAAUCUACUGGGUUAGGUCCAGCUGUCACGCGAUCAGGGCCAUUGUACGCCUAUGAAGCAACAGCCAGGUCACCAUCACCUCCUGCUGCUGCACCUGCAUCGCCACCCACGGUGUGCAUGUCUAUUGACAAGCUUCUCUCGCCAGCAUCCCCUGACGACACAGAUAGCAGUGGCUCAGAGGUCCUCGAGGACAGUGGUGUCACCUGCGCUGAUUCUCUGCUGACGUCUCCCGUCUCUCUCCGCAAGUCUCUAAUGAAUGGCGGAUGCUCCACACUACAUUCCGAUGAGUCCCAUCCACUGGACGAAGAUCGAUCCUCGCACACAUCUCCACCGCCACCCUCCCCGAAACAGACCAGCACUCCAAUGACGGAGGAGUUGGUGAGUGCGCUUUCUGAUAGUACCCCAAGUCCUGCCAACGCCCAAGGUGAAGGAUCCACGGGCACUGAAAAGACGUCACAGUCACGGGAACAGUGCGCUACAUCUUUUCCGCACAAGCAGGAGCCUAGCGUGACUUCACCCGAUACGGCCAGUGACAGCGAGGUGGUAACAUCAGAUGGCGAGCGUGAACAGCAACUUGAGUCACUCACAUCUGCUGAGACUGGCGGCAGCGUGGAGGCAACUACGCCGACAGCUGAGGAGUGCAGUGCGUCGACGCACCAGAAACCCGCUGUAGAGGCGAAUGCGCUAUGUUCGGCCAGUACGCCUUCACCACCACCACCAUCGUCAUCCUCAUCAACACUGGUGCCACUGCUAUCGAAGAACUCAGCUAUGCAUGUUAAACCGCAUAGCAUUAGUGCUGUGAUGCGGCCAACCUUCUCUGCUGGUUUUCCAGUCAGCCAUCCCACUGGCCUGUCACCUGUUAGUACGUCCCCGGAAAUACCAGAGCUGGUACUAGAAGAGCCCGAAUUACCAUCUUCACUACCUACUACUGCUCAGGAAGCAGCAAGUGAAAACACCAUCCUUCCAACUCCCGUCAGUCCCAUACGGCAGCAGCACCAGCUGGAUGCUAAGGCGAUCGUUGAGCGGCGCUACUCUUCUAUAAGCGCGGCUGAGGAGCAGUGCGAGGACGAUGACAACGGCGAGUGUGAAACUGAUGAGCUGGCUGCCCUCCCUAGUGACAGCAGGCGCGCCAGUACGGGCAGCAAUCUGGCUGACAUAGCUGCUACUCCUGUCCGACACGCGCACAGCUCGCGUACAUCGUCACUGUCAGACUCUGCACUCGUGUCGUAUGCGCUGGAUGACUCGGACAGCGAUAAUGUACUUGUGUCCAGUGCGGACGAUAAGAGUGAGGGCGAGGAUUCCGCCAUUGCAGGUAAUGGUGAAGGUGAGGCUGAAUGUAAUUACGACAAUGACAAGGGCGACAGUGUAGCUGGAGUGAAGGCUGAUAUUUCUGCGCCUCUUGAAGCUCCCGGCAUGCCGGCUUCUGAAAAGCGUACUGAUGGCGAAGGCGACAAGGCUCUUGGUGAAGUUGCAAGUGGUGUGACUAGCGACAUUGGGAAAAGUGCUGCAAAUGCUGAUAGUGGUGAUAACACUGCUAUCGCCAGUACUCCUCUGCUGCGUGUCAGUAGAUUUGAUAAGGAGAGUAGGAGCACCAGCACGGAGAGACGGUCACCUGUUAGCAGACGGCACAGCAGUGAUUCCAGUCCUCGCUCUGCCAUUUCUGAUGUUGGGUCACGCAGCGGGAGCGAUGCAGGCAGUCAGUCCACACGGGCGAAAUCAAGUGAUGACUCCAAGUCUCAGUCUCGCAAUCCCCCUGUGCUGAUUGAGUAUAGGAAGUCUUGCCUUGUGAACAAACCAAGCAGCAGCAGCAGCGGUAGCAGCAGCAGCACUCACACUCCCGUGCAGUCCGGCAGCACAGUUGUCAGGCGUCGAAUCAUAUCCACUGUCGACGUACCCAACAUGCAGACGAAACGAAAGCGCUGGGAAGAGAGUUCGGACAGAGAGCCCCUGUCGAAGAAGCCAGCAGUGGUUAGUGGCGCCCUGGUCGUGCGCAGUGUAAAUGGAUCCCGUGCCGUCGUAGCUAACCAAGGCCAAGACAAGCGGUGCAUGUCGCCUGGUUCGGCUGGUGCCCCCGAGCACCCUCCUCCGUCCAAGAACGCCCGUAGCAUAUCACCGCCGCCAGCAAAGAGAAAGUCGCCACCUAGCCAUGCCAUGGACAAAGAUAGCGAAAGGAAGUAUUCCAAGGGCCGGCGUCGUGUGAUCUCCUCUAGUCCUGUCCGCAAUAGUAGCGGUCGCAGCAGCACCAGCAGCAAGACUGCCUUUGAUGCGGACCGGGGGCACGUAUCUGAACGUGCCCCUCGCAGAGGCAGGAGUUAUAGUAGGAACUCCAGGUCACCGACCCCACCAUCUCGGGCCCGUUCCCCAAUCUUACCUCCCUCAGUCGUGUCCAAACGCUCACGGUCCCCGAGGUCGUCCACCCAGUCGUCAAGCCGCAGGCGGCGGAUAUCGCCCGCAGAAAGACGCGUCUCGGCCCUAUCGCCACGCAGAAGUUCACGGCAUCGAGACAGCAACCCUUUGGGUCGUCAGCGACGAAGCUCUGGCAAGGAGAAAGCAGUAGCAGAAACAUCACCAACGCCCAGGCGAAGGUCGAAUGGUGAUACUAGUAGAGAAUCUCGAAAGUCACCAACCUCUCUGGAGCUUCCUGGCCAGAAGAAGGCGGAUAGCAAGAAAAGGCGGUCAUCUCGCGCGCAUUCCAAAUCCGACAUCGACGACAGUGUGAGCUCGAAGCCAGCCAAGCCUGCCCGACCAGAGGGCCGUAAUCGCCAUCGGCGUGGCUCGAAGUGGUGCGAGCGCUAUGCGUCUAGCGAGGAGUCUGACGAUGAUAAUGAUGGCGGUCUCGAAAGCUCUCCCCUGUCGUCAUCGCUUGUCGCCUAGUGCUGCCCUGGCAUGGGCGAGAGCCUGUUCAGCCUGUGUGUGGUCAUGCGUGUGUUGAGAUGCCGCAUGACUUUCUGAACAGGGGACAAUACUUGUAGGUAUUCCGAGCUCACAGUCGUAUCCUCGCACAUGCCCUCCCCUAGCUUCUUGCUUCUUCUUGUUCUGAAAUGUGUUGUGCUUGUGCCAGAGCUGGGCCUGUGACACCAAUACUCAUAUAUCACAUAUAUUGUGGCGCUUACUUUGGUGCGGGUAUAUUGCUAGCCUGUGAGCCAAGCGUGUUUCUCUUUACAGCGAUUUUUUCACCUUGCAUGUCAAUUUUCUCAUUUAGUAACAAAACAAGCGUGCAUGGGCUGUGACGUAAUACAUGUACAUGCAGUGCUCUGACACUGGCCUCUAGUAUUCCUUUUUCAUGCUUGGCUUAGUACUGGAUCUUGGCCUUUGUUUCACUUAGCUGCCAGCUGUUGGUGCUCAUUCUUUUUACCUCGCGACGUUUUCCCAUUCACCUUUAGUAUGCUUUAAUACUAUGUGCAUGAAGUGAUAGGCACUUCCACCCUGGCUGCUAACCACUGUAACAGUCUUACCAUGUAAUUUAUGUCAUGGGUUUUGUUUGUUCUGUGUUAGUGAUUCGCCGCUGUGUUCUGUAGUGUUGCUUGACUUCUAUCUGUGAAUUGUCCUCUGUGUUGUCUGCGGCCGAGAUGCGAUAUGAAAGAAUAUUAACUUACUAUUGUUCA